AUGGCAGACAAAUCAAACAAGGGCCAGCCUCAGGAAGGACUCCUAGGUGGACUCGUCGGCGGUGUUAAUAACAUCCUAUCAGGUGGCGACAAGGCUCAAGGUCAAGGGGGCCUCAUGGGCGGACUGAACAGCACUGUCGGGAAGACUACCGAGGGCGUCGGCGAUACUCUCAACGCAACAACCGAAGGAGUGGGAAAUGUCGCGGGCUCGACGACCAAGGGUCUCAGUAACACUGUGAGGUCAACAACGCAAGGCGUGAGCAAUGUUGCUGGCUCUGCCACCGAGGGCGUCGGUAAUACAGCCGGUAGUGCUACGGGUAUGGUCGAUGACACUGUCAAGGGCGUGACGGGUUCGAACAAACAACAGCAGCGCGGCUGA